AUGUUCGACAUUUUCAAGAUGAUGUAUCAACUGAAACCCAGAAUAUCCAAGUAUAACUAUGAGAAGCACAUCGAAGCAAUCAGAACUCUGACUAUACAAUUUGCAACGGCUUCACUUUGUUUAGGACCACCAUGUCUAUUGGCAAUAAUAGCUGUAUCUGGAGUUGAUCAGGCUCAAUUUUUCACAGAGUUGUGUUUAGCCUGCAUUGCUGCUCAUUCUUCUGCAAAUACGAUUUCUUUGUUGAUAUUUUUUCCACCGUUCAGAAAAUGCGUUCUGACAAAUCUGAGAUGGUGA